AUGAAUGCACCUGACAGAUAUGAGUCCUUCGUCCUUGCCCCUGGCGAGAACAAGGUUGAUUUCGAAAUUGAUACUCGCAUCCCCUCUUCUGCAAUUUUCACCUUCAAUAAGGAAGACCACACCCUGGGCAACUUGCUCCGCUCUCGUCUCUUGCAGAGCUCUCACGUCCUCUUUGCCGGUUACAAGGUCCCUCACCCCCUGCUUCCCAAGUUUGAACUGCGUGUCCAGACCGACGGUGAGAUCACUCCCAAGGACGCCGUGAUCGCAGCCUGUCACGACUUGGUUAAGGACUUGGGUAUUCUCUCCCGUGAGUUCACCAAGGAGUAUGAGCUGCGAAAGAUGGUUGGAUCUACCCAGCAGCAGCAGAACGGCAUCGAUGGACAGUAG